AACCUGGAAGUGACGUAAGCUGUUUGCCCGACCCGAAACAUCACUGCCAAGAAAGGCAGAGGUUUAUGAUGUUUGAUAUGGAGGGGAUGAACGUAACGGGUAGGAGAAACCGGAAACACUGGCAAAUAGGGUGUUAAACGUAACUCACUACACAGAACCUAAUCUCAAAGAGGUUUUUGCCGGAGAACAGGGAGAGAAAAGUGCCUAUGAUAGGAGUGAUAUUUGGUACCAAGUGGUGUAGCUUCUGGGAGAAUAACAGGCCUGAAAAAAUUGGACUCUGUCAGCAUGCAGGGGGAUCCACAGCCCAUGAAGGUCUCUGACAGUGAUGGAAAGAUUGACAUGGCCCCCAGCCCUCACAACCAUCGCUCAUCUGGAAAAGGUGUGAACAACAAAGCCUGGCAGUACAGUGACCAUAUGGAGAACAUAUGUGGCUACCUGAUGAAGUAUACCAACCUUGUCACAGGCUGGCAAUUCCGAUUUUUUGUCUUGAAUAAUGAAGCGGGUUUACUAGAAUAUUUUGUUAAUGAACAGUCCAGGAAUCAGAAGCCAAGGGGUACAGUUCAGCUAGCUGGUGCAGUGAUCUCGCCCAGUGAUGAGGAUUCUCACACAUUCUCGGUGAAUGCAGCGAGUGGGGACCUUUACAAGCUUAGAGCUACUGAUGCCAAAGAACGUCAGCAUUGGGUCAGCAGGCUGCAGAUCUGCACUCAACAUCAUACAGAAGCCAUUGGAAAGAAUAAUCCUCCGCUACAGUCUCGAAGUUUCUCACUUGCCUCUCAAGGCAGUGGAAACUCCCCCAGCUCUCAACGUCGAUCCAGCCAAAAUGCAUCAUCCUUUUUUAACAUUAGCCAUCACAGAUCGACGAUCACCAAUCGGAAAGCUCAGAUACUGCAGCCAGACCACCUGAGUGAAGUCAGAGAGAUGAUGUCUAAGGCUGAAGGUCAGCAAAGGGAUCUGAUGCGCAGCAUUGAAGGUCUGCCCUCAACCGAACACCUUAACUCCCUGGAUCAGGAUCUGCUGAUGCUGAAAGCAACAUCUAUGGCAACACUGAAUUGUCUGAACGAUUGCUUCUAUAUGCUAAACCAGCAGCAUGCAGCUCUGCAGAAGCACCUCCUGCCCUCGGGGACAACAAUCAACUGGUUAGAACCAAAGAUCACCCUGUCUGACCACCUGAAAAAUGGGGAGAGCCCCAGCUUUGCAGCUGAGGAGAACAAAGAGGAGGAAUCACAACGAUUAACAGAUGAAGAAGUGUCUGAGAGCAACCAGAGAAAUGAGGAACCAGAGGAUGUGAACCCUGAAGACGAGGUGGAGGAUGCAUGUGAGCUCACAGAGGAAGACUUGGGAGCUGUGGAGGAGCAACGCAGCAUUAUCCUGCACCUCUUAUCUCAGCUUAAAUUGGGCAUGGACUUAACAAGGGUUGUUCUUCCCACAUUUAUUCUGGAAAAGAGAUCCCUGCUAGAAAUGUAUGCAGACUUCCUAUCACACCCAGACCUUUUCCUAUCUAUCAGUGCUGGCUUGAACCCUGAGGAACGUAUGAUCAGGUUCGUAGAGUAUUACCUAACUUCCUUCCAUGAGGGACGCAAAGGAGCCUUGGCCAAGAAACCGUACAACCCUAUUAUUGGUGAGUCCUUCCAUUGCUCUUGGAGGGUUCCUAAGAAUGCCUUAUACGAUGAUAAAACAAAUGAGACUCUACCCAGCAUGGAAGAAGAGUAUACACCCCAAGAAGGAAUUGAUAACAAGAAUGAGGACUUUUAUACAGUAAGAUUUGUAGCUGAGCAGGUGUCGCAUCAUCCACCUGUCUCAGGCUUCUACGCAGAAUGUCCUGAGCGCAGAAUGUGCGUGAACACUCAUGUGUGGACUAAGAGCAAGUUCAUGGGGAUGUCCAUUGGUGUGACCAUGAUAGGAGAAGGUGUCCUAUAUCUCUUGGAACAUGGGGAGGAAUACACAUUUUCUCUGCCGUGUGCUUAUGCCCGCUCCAUUCUCACCGUUCCUUGGGUAGAGCUGGGUGGGAAGGUUAAUGUCAAUUGUUCUAAGUCUGGAUAUUCUGCAGCUAUUACUUUCCACACCAAACCUUUUUAUGGUGGCAAACUGCACAGGGUUACAGCAGAAGUAAAAAAUAAUGCAUCUAACACAGUGGUAUGUAAAGUUCAGGGUGAGUGGAACAGUGUCCUGGAAUUUACAUACAGCAGCGGGGAGACAAGAUGUGUUGACCUCGCUAAGCUUCCCGUCACAAGAAAGAGAGUUCGACCUGUGGAGAAGCAAGGGCUCUUUGAAUCUCGACGAUUGUGGGCACAUGUGACAGAGGCACUGAGCGACAAAAACAUUGAGAAAGCAACAGAACACAAGAGGGCGCUGGAGGAGCGCCAAAGAGCAGAGGAAAGACACCGGACAGAGACAGAGACAGCGUGGAACACAAAAUAUUUUUCUAAAGAGGGAGACGGAUGGAUAUACAACAGACCUUUAUGGAAAAGCACAGAUUCCAGCCCCUAAAUGUUAGACAAAUGGCAUGGAUGGAACAUUCCAACAGUUCAGUGACUGUAUGCAACAUCCCCAUCAAGCAGGGUGUGGGGAGAGACUUGUCCAGGGGAUCGACUCUUCUGCCAGCUUGGGGGAGUAAUGACAUACUAUACUAAAAGAGGGAUGGGAAAAUCCCUCUUCAGUGUUACUUAUUUUAGCAGCUCUGGAAUGAUUUUUAUUUAUGAGCAGGUCUACAGAUAGGCGCUCAUUUUGUUGAGAGAUUUUUACUCUCUAGUACAGAUUCACUUUCUGCUUUUGCAGCAGAAGAAACUCCUUGAUUAACCCUUUGAGUGCCGGACACGCCUGGAGUGUUGUUCAGUAUUAUUUUUCAUCUGUAGAUGUUUGUUUUAUUAUUUUUUUUCAGAUGCACUGAUGGAUUAAAAUGGAGGUGGAUUUUAUUAGCUGAUGAAUUACCAAGAACAAAGCCUUUUGACAUUUUGUUGUUGUUCGGUCUCUUGGUAAAUAACACCAAUUUGGACGAAAAAGUUUGCGUACAAGUAAAGAUGUAGUUAAUCUGCAUUACAAUACAGUAAAAUACUUCCCUUGCAUUGUUUAAAACUUUGGUUUCCACCAAUUUCCUCAGGACUUACAGCGUGACAUUUGCUUUCAGAGUUUAAUUUUAUUUUUUUUAAACUAACCCGGUCGUUGCUUGUAUGUGGGUUUCAGUUUGCCACUUUUUCUACCCCUUAGAUGCCAGAUGUGAGAGUUUGCAUAAUUGCUUAACAAUAUUGACUACAUUGAUAUUAAACUACCUUUGUGAAGUCAUUUUGAUUCAGAUGCAGAUUAUAAUCCAUUUAUUCAUGAAUUUCUAGUCCUGAAAAAGAUUCAUAUAGUCUGUCACUGCUAUCUGUCCAGUGUGUUUUAAUGCCUGUGACAUUUUUUUUGUACUAACUUCCAUUAACCAUGUUAUUGCAUUGUCAAAAUCACAAUAAUUUAGGAAAUGUAGUAAAAACUGUAACCAAGCACACAAGGAGGGCAUAAGUAAACUUUGAGUUACAAUCAGAUGUCAGAAAAUCAAAUUCAGGUGAACCCCCCCUCUUAUUUUGUACUUAAUUAAGGUUUCAGAAUUGCUGGCAAUUAUGUGAAUAUUGUCAAUAGCUUUUAUUUCCAUGUUACUGUAAUAUACCUUACAUUUCUCUGA